AUGUAUGUGCCAGAGUUCCGACAGACUACUGUAUUCAUUUCAGGUGACAUGAAGAAGACCGAGUACUGCUCUGUUACGCUGACUGAAGAGAAAUACCAGGCUUUUGUUUAUGCUGUCAAAAACCACUAUUGGUAUCAGAUGUACAUUGAUGAUCUGCCUAUAUGGGGAAUUGUAGGAGAAAUAGAUGAAGGAGGUGACGGCUUCUAUAUCUGGACACACAAAAAGUUUGAUAUGGGUCAAAACAAUCAUCAAAUUGUUGAUGUCAAUCUCACAAGUGAAGCAAAGAAAAAACUUGUACCAAAUGAGAAAAUAUCUUUUAGCUAUGAGGUGAAAUGGCAUGAUUCCAGUAUCAAAUUUGUUGACAGGUUUGACAAAUAUUUGGAUCCAAACUUCUUCCAACACAGAAUCCACUGGUUCAGUAUCUUCAAUUCCUUUAUGAUGGUCAUCUUUUUGGUGGGGUUGGUCAGCAUGAUCCUGAUGAGGACCUUGAGGAAAGAUUACGCACGCUACAGCAAGGAAGAGGACUUGGAUGAUAUGGAGAAGGAUCUAGGAGAUGAAUAUGGAUGGAAGCAAGUCCAUGGGGAUGUGUUUAGACCAGCCUCCCACUCCAUGUUGUUCUCGGCUCUAAUUGGAUCAGGAUAUCAUAUCUCCUGUGUGUCCCUCUGCGUCAUCAUCUUUGCCAUCCUGGGUGACCUGUAUACUGAACGAGGCUCUUUGUUAAGUACUGCCAUAUUUGUGUAUGCUGCUACAUCUCCAGUCAAUGGAUACUUUGGAGGGAGUCUAUAUGCCAGGAUGGGAGGUAAAAUAUGGAUCAAGCAGAUGUUAGCAAGUGCAUUCAUGAUGCCAUCUCUUGUGUGUGGAACAGCUUUCUUCAUCAACUUUAUUGCAAUCUACUACCAUGCAUCAAGAGCCAUUCCAUUUGGUACCAUGGUGGCUGUGACUUGCAUCUGCAUCUUUGUGAUACUGCCAUUGACCCUGGUGGGAACAGUGUUGGGGAGGAAUCUAGCAGGCCAGCCCAACUAUCCCUGUCGCAUCAACGCUGUCCCACGUCCCAUACCGGAGAAGAAGUGGUUUAUGGAACCUGCUGUGAUAACCGUGCUUGGAGGAAUCCUGCCAUUUGGCUCUAUAUUUAUUGAGAUGUACUUCAUCUUCACCUCUUUCUGGGCCUACAAAAUAUACUACGUCUAUGGUUUCAUGUUGUUGGUGUUUCUAAUUCUGACUGUUGUGACAGUGUGUGUGACUAUUGUUUGUACUUACUUUUUACUGAAUGCAGAGGACUACCGCUGGCAGUGGACAAGUUUCCUUGCUGCAGCGUCAACAUCGGGAUAUGUGUAUCUCUACUCCUUUUAUUACUUUUUCUUUAAAACUAAAAUGUAUGGCUUGUUUCAAACAGCGUUUUACUUUGGAUAUAUGGCCCUGUUUAGUUUAGCUCUUGGAGUGAUGUGUGGUACAUUUGGAUACAUUGGAACCAGCUUCUUUGUGAGGAAAAUCUACUCGACUGUGAAAAUAGACUAAUGUCAGAUGAUAUCUGGCUGAAGUUAGGAAUCUGGCCACUAGACCUCUUAAACAGCUGAUGUGAUAGGGUGUAUGACUGACAAGUAUGCAUGACUGAGAUGGCUGUGAAUAAUGAUGAGGAUCUGACCAACUGCUGAAGCAUUGUUGCGUUGCAGAAUACACAAGUUGAAAAAUUAACCCGUUACAAAUCUGAGUUUUGACUGAACAGUGAUAUAUGUGCAGAUGCCAGUGAUUUGAUUGAGUAAAUCCAUGGGUGGUAUUCGUAUGAUUGUUCUUUGUUAUGAAUUACAUAAGCAUAUGUAUCUGCCACAUUGAGCAGUUCUUUUGGAACGGUUACUUGUUGUGAAUGUUUUAAAGAUGGAAUGAAAUGCAUUUAUUAAUACCUGGUUUAGGAGGACAAUGUUUAGAAAAUGUGUUCUUUAAAGUUUAUUAUUAAAAGAUAUAUUAAGACAAAAGAAAAUCAGCAUGUGCCACAAAAAAAAGAAAUUUGAGUCAAAAAUUCAUUUUAUUUUAUUUUUACUACAGUUAGAGAAGGAAGUCUGUAUUAACCUAGUCCUUCUUAAAAAAUGUCAUUAAAUACUGUAGGAAGCACCAAUUUAUUUGGCACUGAUAUGACCAAAAGGUUAAAAGAUGACCAAACGUUAAAAAUUGCAAAGAAUCGGUUUGAAAGCUGAUGCAUUUACAAAGUUGUGAUGGUAGUGAAAAAUAUAUGGAAGUCGGCUUUAUAAGUGUUUUAUUCAUGUCUAUAUUAUCUUACGAAGAGAUUUGUGUUUAACUUGUUACUAAGUUAAUGGUGAGACCAUAUGACCAGUAGCAAAAUAUUAAACAUAUUUAUAUCUUCAUAUAGCAAAAUGCCUAGUUUGCUGUAUAGUAGGGUUUUAGUUGUAUGUUGGUUUUAAUUAGAACCAGCCUUAUUUAGUCACUAACAUCGUAGAGAAUUUCGUCUUAUGUUAACGGAGUGAUAGUCACUAACAUCGUAGAGAAUUUCGUCUAUGUUAACGGAGUGAAUUUCGUCUAUGUUAACGGAGUGAAUUUCGUCUAUGUUAACGGAGUGAAUUUCGUCUAUGUUAACGGAGUGAAUUUCAUCUAUGUUAACGGUGAGAAUUUCGUCUAUGUUAACGGAGUGAAUUUCAUCUAUGUUAACGGAGUGAAUUUCAUCUAUGUUAACGGCGUGAAUCGUCUAUGUUAACGGAGUGAAUUUCGUCUAUGUUAACGGAGUGAAUUUCGUCUUAUGUUAACGGAGUGAAUCGUCUAUGUUAACGGUGUGAAUCGUCUAUGUUAACGGAGUGAAUUUCGUCUAUGUUAACGGAGUGAAUCGUCUAUGUUAACGGAGUGAAUUUCGUCUAUGUUAACGGAGUGAAUUUCAUCUAUGUUAACGGUGAGAAUUUCGUCUAUGUUAACGGAGUGAAUUUCAUCUAUGUUAACGGAGUGAAUUUCAUCUAUGUUAACGGCGUGAAUCGUCUAUGUUAACGGAGUGAAUUUCGUCUAUGUUAACGGAGUGAAUUUCGUCUUAUGUUAACGGAGUGAAUCGUCUAUGUUAACGGAGUGAAUUUCGUCUAUGUUAACGGAGUGAAUUUCAUCUAUGUUAACGGUGAGAAUUUCGUCUAUGUUAACGGAGUGAAUUUCAUCUAUGUUAACGGUGUGAUCAUGGGUGAGUGAAUGUCUGUUUAUUCUGUAUUGGAGUGCUGGAAGCUUGUUGGAUGAUACUGUAUUGGAGUGCUGGAAGCUUGUUGGAUGAUACUGUUGUUGUCAAAUGUUAAAUUAUUUCUUCAAAGUUUAUGUCUUAUAUGUAUGAGCUUGCGAUCGUUGCAUGAUUGAGUGAAUGUAGAUAUUCCAUAGAUAUGAAUGAUGUACCAGUAACUAAAACAUUUCCAGCGUGUUCUGUGUUGUAUAGGGGAAUAUUUGUGAUACAGUAUAGAAGACAUAGCUUUAUAAAAGUUCUAUAGAGUGCUGUACAUAUUGCAAGAUGCUUCUGUUUGCAAGCACAGAGGAUGCCAUUUUAUAUGACAUUUUAUUCACUUGUUCAUUACUGGAGCUACAAGUUCAGUAACGACACUAAAUGUACUGACAGACGUACACAGGUAUGGUUGUCUACAACUUCCCUUGAUGUGUGUGCUGUAAUGGGAGUAGUGAAUUAAACAGUAGAUGGCUCUUCACAUUAGGGCUACUUGACAUUGGGUUUGUACAAUAUAUGGGGUCAUUUCUUCAUAUUCGAUCAUGAUUUUAUCACUUAUGUGUCAUUAAUUUCAUGUUUCAUGUCGUUUCCGGUUUCAAUUCUAUUUGGUGGUAAAAUCGAUUUGUAUAUAUGUAAGAUAAAAACCAUGAAUGUGAAGUAAAAACCAUGAAAGGAA